UGUAGACUACACAACUCCAUAAAAUCCGUUUCUUCCCUCCACCACCACCAGUCAUCCAAAUCCAACAUUUUUCACAAAAUGUUCUCUUUUCUCAGCCCAUUGUUGGAUGUUAUCAAGGUUGUUGUUGCUUCCGUGACUUCCGUAGUCUUAUUUGUCUUUGCGGGUCUAACACUCUCCGGUUCAGCCGUGGCAUUAGUUGUAUCCACACCGUUUUUCCUCAUAUUCAGUCCAAUUCUUGUUCCCGCCACUAUAGCCACUACUCUCCUAGCCUCUGGGGUCACGGCCGGUGCCACCCUCGGAAUCACCGCCAUUAGUCUCAUCAUGGGACUCAUCAAGACAGCGGAAGGAAGUUCGUUGGCACGGUUAGCCCAAACACCAUUGAAACUGUUUAAGUUUUCAGGUGGAUUUGGAGGAUCAUGGGGAGGAAAACCAUUUUCUGGAACAUUUGGAAAUAAAGGAUCUCAAUCGUCCGGAAAUAUCCCAGGAUGGUUAAAAAAUCUACUCAAUGGUAUACCAGGGGGUGGAGCGGCACCUGCGGCAGGAGGAGCUGCACCUGCACCCGCGGCGCCUGCACCCGCGGCACCCCCAGGAUAAGGGAAAUUAGCCGAGCUUGUCCAAACAUAUAGCAUAUAUACUAAUUGUGUAUCAAUUAUAGAUUUUAUCAAAUUAAAAGGAAAAAGUCUUCUUAUUAAUACGUUCUAUGUAAUGAUGAAAAAUAUGUGGCUACAUAUAUAUAUAUGAACAAAACUUGAGUUCUC